CGCCAGUCCAAAAUAGGCCUUCGUCUACGAACUACGAAGAACGAUGCCGUGGGACGUAGAGCAACACUGUUCGUCGUAGAGGCGAGGCUGACUGCUGACAGCCGAGAGAGGUCUACGGUUUUCCCGUUCCUCCGUUUCGAUUUUCCUUUAUUCCGACAGGAUUUUCUUCGGCCGCAGCCGUCCCAGCUGCCUCAGAGGCCAGAUAAGAAAAACACCCGAGUCCCAAACCCCAGAGGUGUCAGUUUGUGCGACUAUCUCGUCCUGAGGGCCGCCGAAGGGAGCCGGGGUUGAGAUGAUCUCAAGCUAAGCGGACCCCGUUUUCCUCCCCUCAUGGAAAAAGACGUCUGAUUUAAUAACGUCUCAUCGAGAGCUGAGAUUAAAACCAUGAUGGACGAUGGUGUAAACGAAAACAUAUGUAGAGUUUGUAGGUCAGAAGGAAACUCCGACAGGCCUUUGUUCCAUCCGUGCAUAUGCGCCGGGAGUAUUAAAUGGAUCCAUCAGGAGUGUCUUGUACAGUGGAUGAGGUACAGUCAGAAAGAAUUUUGCGAACUAUGCGGAUACCGGUUUUCCUUCACUCCGAUAUACUCUCCGGAUAUGCCGAGGAGGCUGCCGUUACGCGACGUCGUCGGGGGCCUGUUGAGCAGCAUGGCGACGGUGGUGAAGUGUUGGCUCCACUACACUUUCGUCGCCAUCGCAUGGCUUGGAAUAGUACCAUUAACCGCUUGCAGAAUAUACAGAUGUCUUUUCAACGGAUCAGUAGAUUCUGUUUUAACGCUUCCUCUAGAUAUGUUGUCAACUGAAAAUAUAGGAUCGGAUAUAUUCCAUGGGUGUUUUGUCGUGACGUGCACCCUUUUUGCGUUUAUCGGCCUCGUAUGGCUCAAGGAGCAGAUCGUGCUCGGUGGAGGUCCGGAUUGGCUGGAAAGGGGCGCUGACGAGCAGCCCAUCGGGCAGAACUUGCCACCUCAGCAGAUCCAACCUCCUUUACCACCGCCACCGCCUCCACCACUACUCGUUCAAGAAAGACAAGGCAACAACAAUCCUCAAGAGCCUCCAAUAAACGAAGAAGUUGGUGAAGGGGGUUUUGGCGAAGGCGGUGUCGAAGAAGGGGUGAUGGCAGGCGGUGACUGGAAUCCGCUCGACUUGGACAGGGCCGCGGAAGAGCUUACCUGGGAGAGACUCUUGGGCCUUGACGGUUCUCUUGUUUUCUUGGAGCAUGUAUUCUGGGUCGUAUCGCUCAACACGUUGUUCAUCCUUGUAUUCGCAUUCUGCCCGUACCACAUGGGCCAUUUCGUCAUUGUCGCUCUCGGUAUGAAAAAUCAUGUCAACGCUUCACACUUUCAAGGACUCGUAACCACACUGUGCGGCUAUUGUGUUAUUGGGAUUUGUCUAGUCGGGUUACAUUCAUUGGCAGCGCUUUGCAGUUUAGUGAAGUCAAGACGGGUCCUUGGCCAUUGUUAUGUCGUCGUAAAAGUGUCAUUGCUAUCUGUAGUGGAGAUCGGCGUUUUGCCUUUGAUAUGCGGUUGGUGGCUCGAUAUCUGCUCUCUCUCCCUCCUGGACGCCACUUUGAAAGACAGAGAAGCGAGUUUUAGAAUGGCGCCGGGUACAUCCAUGUUCAUCCAUUGGCUCGUCGGCAUGGUCUACGUAUAUUACUUCGCCUCGUUCAUACUUCUCCUGAGAGAAGUGAUCCGCCCGGGCGUUUUAUGGUUCCUUAGAAAUCUAAACGACCCGGAUUUUAGCCCGAUUCAAGAAAUGAUCCACCUUCCGAUUAUAAAACAUGUUAGAAGGUUGGUGACAUCCGCUGUGAUAUUCGGUUCCGCCGUCAUCCUCAUGCUCUGGCUGCCGAUAAGGAUACUUCGUUUUAUUAUGCCACAGUUUCUUCCAUAUGUCGUUACCAUGCAGGCAGAAGCUCAAGUCACCGAACUUUCACUAGAACUUGUUCUACUUCAGGUCAUACUUCCAGCGUUGCUCGAGCAGUCUCAUACACGUGCUUGGCUGAAGGCUCUGAUUAGAUUGUGGUGUGUGGUAGUUUCUCAUAUUUUGGACAUCAAAUCGUAUCUCCUGGGAGAGAUGCAGACUCAGUUGCCGCAGGUGAACGCCCUGGACCAGCAGGCGGCGGACGACAGACAGCCAGUCGACCUAGGCGCCGUGCACCACGCCCUGUUCCAGAGGGGAGGACCGACAGGUUUCCAGCCGUACGAGCGUCCUAGAUUCUUUUUCCUGAGGCUUUUUGUCCUCGUGAUUUUGGUAUGCUGCAGCCUCGUAGGCGUCAGCCUUAUUACGCUCACCGUUCCGGUCGCUUUAGGAAGGCAGGUCAUGGUCCACUAUCCUCAACUGACCAACUCCGGACCCGGAGGCCAAAUCCACGAAUUGUACACAGCGGCCUGUGGGACGUACAUGUGCUGCGUUAUGGCUAGAGCCGUCACUUUCAUACUUUCUUGGCUGCCCCAAGGGAGAAGAGCGAUCGUGGAAAUGCUCUACAAUUGGUUGGUUUUGACUGGAAAAUCUCUGAUUGCAGGGAUUUUGCUUAUAGGAAUAAUACCGUUACUAUCGGGCCUUCUUCUCGAACUCAUACUCGUUAUGCCUUUGAGGGUGCCGUUGGAACAGACGCCUGUUUUGUGGUUCUGGCAAGAUUGGGCGCUCGGUGUACUUUAUACGAAAAUCGUUUGCGCCAUUACAAUGAUGGGCCCCGAAUGGGCUAUGAGACAAGCCAUCGAAAGGGCUUACAGAGACGGCCUCCGCAAUAUGCAGUUGAAGUUCAUCAUUGUCGAACUCGCCAUGCCCGUCAUUGGCCUUCUGGCCAUCGCCCUAGCUCUGCCGUACGUCAUCGCCCAAUCCAUCAUACCGUUGUUCGUCUCGAACACUUUCAUACGAGUUGUCGUCGCACGAAGGAUAUAUCCUUGUACAUUACUACUCUUAGUCGUUUGCGUGCUUAUCGUUUUUCACAUUAAACAAUUUGCAAAACUCUACGAGCACAUCAAAAACGAUAAAUACCUGGUUGGCCGUCGUCUUGUCAACUAUCAUCAUAAAUCUUUAACUUCUUAAAUAAAAGAAAAAAGAAAAAAAAUAUAUAUACAAAAAUGGAAUUAAAAAAAUCCUGAAAAAAAUGGAAGAAGUGGAGGUUUUGUAAAUAAUUAUAGACAACAAAAUAAUUUUUUUAUUAUAAAUUAAGCUAAAUUUGUUUUCGAUGUAUGAAUCUGUAAAUAAAGGGUAGUAAAC